UCCGUCCUUCUAUGUUUCCCCCCUGGAAACAAACUGGAUAUGGGGAACUGUUGUUAAACCUCUCCGACUAUCAUGCUAAUAUACAAUGGGAGAAAGUGCUGCUUGUCUUAACUGCUCAUUGCCUUCAGAUCUUGGCGUCUUUGUGACAAUUGGUUUUACACACUCGACAGUUGUAAACAAUAUUAGUCAGGCCAACUGAAAUACCGGUAACCAUCUGCACUGAAUGAGUUUAUCGUUACGCGGUGCUCGCUGCGCUCCGGCAAAACUUGGCUAGCUAGACCGGUUGAAUGGAAAUGUCUACGAUCCAGUCUUUAAGAAAGUUUAUCGACGAGAGACUACGCACCGCUGCUGAAGAAAUAUUCGGAGUUUUUGAAAAGGCAAUAGUUAAGUACGAGGAUGAAAUCGAUCGUCAGCGCCGACUUCCGGGUAACGUUUGGAAACCUGAAAUAAAGUUAUACAGGAUAGAGCUCCCACAGCAACAUGUUUGUAAGGAGGAGGAGGUUCUUGGUGACCGGCGGCUCUGUAACCUGGAGAGGGACUCCAGGCCGGACCGAGGGGAGCCAGAACCUCCACAGAUUAAGGAGGAACAGGAAGAACUCUCCACCAGUCAGGAAGGACAUCAUCUUGUACUGAAGCAGGAGGGUGAUAUCUUUAUGCUGAUUCCUACCUACGGGGAAAGCGACCACAGUGAACCAGAACCGAGUGACCAGCGGCUGCUCUCUGAAAACUCUCAUGUAGCUGAGAACCAAGAUCACAAAGGAGGCGAGCAUGGAGACUCAAUAUCAACUAGAGAUGCAGAGCCAAAGUCAAAGAAGAGACAUCACAAAAGCAAAAAUCACAGUAACUGUGUAUAUAACUCUACAGUGUCAAAGAUUAACCUGAUUACCUGCACGGAUAAAAAGUUUUUCCAGUGUGACACUUGUGGGAGAGCUUUUAAGUGUAAGUCCCAAUUAAAUAUACAUCUGAGAGUCCACACAGGCGAGAAACCGUAUUCUUGUGAAACAUGUGGGAGAUAUUUCAGAUUUACCAGUGGCUUGUUGGUCCACAUGAGAACCCACACGGGCGAGAAACCGUAUUCUUGCAAAACAUGUGGAAAUACUUUCAGAUCUAGUAGUGGCUUGAUGGUCCACAUGAGAACCCACACAGGUGAGAAACCGUAUUCUUGUAAAGCAUGUGGGAAAGGUUUCACAUCUAGCAGUGGCUUGUUGGUCCACAUGAGAACGCACACAGGUGAGAAGCCGUAUCCCUGCAACACCUGUGGGAAAACAUUUAGCGGCAUGUCAAUACUGAAAAGGCACAUGAGUAUCCACACCGGUGAGAAGCCGUACUCUUGUAAAACGUGUGGGAAGGAUUUCCGACUUGGCAGUGACUACAAAGUCCACAUGAGAACGCAUGCGGGCGAGAAGCCGUACCUUUGCAACACUUGUGGGAAAAGAUUUUGUCACUUGUCCAACUUCAAAAAGCACACGAGAAUCCAUACUGGCGAAAAGCCAUAUACUUGCAUAACAUGUGGGAAAGCUUUCAGGCUUAGCAGUGAAUUGACAGUCCACACUGGAAGAGCCCACACUGGUGAGAAGCCAUAUCACUGCAACACCUGUGGGAAAAGAUACUUUGAUGUGUCUCAAUUGGCAAGGCAUAUAAGAUCGCACAAAGGCAAGUAGCCUUGUGUUCGAGGAGUAUGUGGGAGACGGUUCAGUUGUAGUGGCUCGUGGCAUAAAAACACCCAAGAACCCACGGAAGCGAAGAGCCACAUAAUUGCGGCUCUUGCGGGAAAAGUUUCUCUCAAAUCACAAACUUGGGAAAAAACACCCGAGGAUCAGUGUACACAGGAGGA